AUGGCGCUGUUCGGGACUUCCGACGCCCUGAUGUGCAGGGCAUUCCCAACGACACUGCGGGGACCGGCCCGCACAUGGUACAGUGGUCUGAAGCCCGGAACCGUCACCUCCUUUGACCAGCUCGCCAAGGAUUUCGAGCUCAACUUCCUGGCGAACGCCCGACCUAAGCCGUCCAUGGCGUUGCUUCUCGGACUCAACCAAAAAGAGGACGAGCCCCUCUCCCAUUUUGUGAGCCGAUUCGCAACCCAGAUCCGCGGAUUGUCGGAUGCUCACCCUUCUUUCUUGAUGCAGGCGUUCAUGACAGGCCUGCGACCGUCCAGGUUCUUCUGGUCGCUCGUGGAGCGACCCCCUGUCACAGUCCCCAAGAUGCUCCAGCGAGCCAGCCAGUUCGUCGCCGCGGAGACCUGGAUGGCUGGAAGGCGGGAAGAACACAAAAAGCACGGGCACGACACCGAGCAAUGCUAUGAGCUGAAGAAGCAAAUCGAGGAACUUAUUCUCAGAGGGCACUUUGGCCGAUACCUCCGGCCAAACAAGGAACAGUCGCCUCACCCCGAGGGUCCUGUCGAGCGGCACAUCGAUGUGAUAGCUGGGGGUCCCGCGUCAGGAGGAGGCUCCAUUUCAGGUAGGAAGGCGUACGCCCGAGCUGCUCCCGACAAAGCCUCGGGGCACGAGCCGGAACCCGAGAUCACCUUCCCAAUCGGAGCUUCCGAGCGGCCGGACCACGACGACGCCCUGGUAAUAUCAGCCAGGGUAGCCAACGCACAGAUGAGGAGAAUAAUGGUCGACACGGGAAGCUCGGCGGACAUACUCUACCUCGACGCUUUUCAGAAGCUGGGCUUGGUCAAGGAGAAUCUAAGCCCGAUGUGCUCAGCGCUCACCGGUUUCACGGGAGACUCGAUAUCACCCCUAGGGGCCGUUACUUUGCCCCUGACUCUAGGGACCCAGCCGAAAUCAAAGACAGUGAUGACCACCUUCCUGGUGGUCGACCUUCCUACCGCCUAUAACGCCAUACUCGGCCGGCCCACCCUCAACAAGGUCAGAGCGGUCGUCUCGACCUAUUACCAGAUCAUUAAAUUCCCAACUCACGCGGGAGUCGGGGAAGCCACGGGGAGCCCCCGAGAGUCCAGGCGGUGCUACUUUACCGCCGUAUCAUUAGGCAGGAGGGCCAGGACCGAGUCACCUCUGGAGGAUCCGCGAGAAGCAAAUAAAUUGACUUCUCAUCCCGAGCCGAAAGGGACCACCAUUGACAUUCCUUUACGGGAAGCCCGACCGGACCAAACCAUAAGGAUCGGAUCGGAACUGCCAAAGCGGGGACGGGGGCAGCUCGUCGGUCUCCUGCGGGAGAAUACCGACGUCUUCGUCUGGACCCCAUCGGACAUGACGGGCGUCGACCCAAAGGUCGCCGAGCACCACCUCAAUAUCCCACCUGACGCCCGCCCAGUAAAGCAAUGGCCCGGCGCCAGGCCCCUGACCGACAACGUGCGAUACGAGAGGAGGUAG